UUGCCCCCCUAUUUUUUUCCGCUUUUUUUUUUUGCCCCUUUUAAUCUGGAACGACGUCAUUCCGUCAAUUCCCACCAAUCAUAUCUCUCCUUUCUUUACUUUUUCUUUUUCUUUCAGCAAAUGCACGAUCGACCUUUUUCCUUGAUCGCCGCACGGGUUUCGUCAAGGUAAAGAAAUUGGGCUGUUUUUUUUGGAGAUGUUCAUCUGCUAGGUGUUGUUUGUGUUGUGAUUUGUAGGGAUAUGCCCUAAUUGAAUACGAGAAGUUUGAUGAGGCACAUAGAGCUAUAAGUGAAAUUGGUGGAACUGAUCUGCUCAGUCACAUCAUAAAAGUUGAUUGGGUUCUGUUUGAUGAGGCACAGAGAGCUUUUCACGGCUCUCGUCAGCGGCGGGACAGUUGUCCUGUUUUCUCCGAUGACGUCCCUCUUUUAUGGCUCGAGAUCAUAACCAAGUACAAGGGGACCCACAGUGCGGGGCCCAAUUUCGCCUUCGAACUCAUGAUUCAUGAUUCGGAGAUUGGAGCUCGAGAAGAAUAGAGCUUUGAAGUACGAUCUUUCUUCCAUGGUGUUUCUAAUGGUUGCUGCCGAGCCGGUGAGGCAGAAGACUCUGAAGAAAUUCAUCGAGCUUACUUCUCCGCACGGUCUAUCGGAGUACGUGAUGGCUCCCGGCUACGGAUUGGCCGAGAAUUGCGUGUUCGUGAGCUGCGCGUACGGCGAAGGGAAACCUAUAUUGGUGGAUUGGCAAGGUAGGGUUAGCUGUGGGUAUGUUGAUUACGCCGAUCGAGAUGUGGAUGUGAGAAUCGUCGAUCCGCAGAGUGGCGAAGAGCGUAAAUAUCCGGAAAUUGAAGGCGAGAUAUGGAUCAGUAGACCUAGCGGCGGAAUUGGGUAUUGGGGGAGAUCGGAGCUUUCCGAAACGUGUUCGAAACCUGACCCGGUAAAAUGUACACCCGAACCGGCGAUCUGGGUCUGGUCAUCGAAGGGAACCUGUACAUCACGGGUCGGAUCAAGGAUCUCAUCAUUGUUGGUGGGAGGAACAUUCAGAAGGAGGAAUAUGCGGAGGAGGCUUGUUGGUGAUUAUGUUCUUCAACGAUUUACCGCAUUGUAUCUAUCUUUCAGUAUUCUAAUUGAACUUUGUUCUCCACAGUGCUACAAGAGCAGGACCUGAAAUCGCGUCGGCGGAAAUAUUUUCUUAUAAUUUUUGUCAUGGUUUUGUUCGCAUUGGAUACUGUUUAUUUGAGACGAACUGUUAUUUUCUGGCGGUAUCAUUUUGUUCCAUAUUUGUAUUAUCUAAAUAAUGGGCAACGACACCGCGCAUUGCGCGGUGCACAUGAUCUAG